GACAGUGAGAGGUAAUACUGAGAGGCGAGACAGCAAGAUUGAACAAGAUCUUCAAGGAGAGAGACAGACGGACAGACAGAGAGACAGAAAAAGGAAGUGGGAUAUAUCUGUCCUACAGACACCCAGAGGACUUCACCUGCUUCUUUAAGGAAAGCGUGCCAGUUGAGGGGGGUUACCAUGGAAACCAGGAUGGUGAUGCGGCGAGAGCAGGAGGAGCAGUCAUCCCAGAUGUCUCACAGCAUGCAGCUGUCCUCCCAGAUCAAGAAGAAAACCUUCACUUCCAGUGAUGAGGAACCGUCCUACUCUGAUUUCUAUCCCAUCAUCCCCGCUGACCUGAUGUCCGUCAAGGAGAUCCUGAACAUGGACGACCUCCCCCGCCACAGGACAUGGGAAAUCCUGAAGGAAACUCAAGCUGCCGAUGAAGAGUACCACAGAGACAAGUGGACCAGGUUUGGGAAUGAGGUUGAGAAGGUGGAGAUAGACGUGAUCAGGAACCAGCGUGUGUUACGCACACAUGUUGACAGACUGGCCCUUCGUAAGCAGGCAAAAAAGAAGGCAUCUGCCCACAUGAAGUACCUGGAGCUUCUCAGUCAGAAGGCCCCAGACUUUACGAUCCCUCUGAGGGCUCACAUGGUCUGGGAGGGCAUGACGGUCAAACUCACAUGUACCAUCCAGGGCUGUCCACCCCCAAAGGUCACAUGGUACAAGGAUGGCCAGCUCCUGAGAAUGUCCGACCAACCGUGGAAUUACAGUCUUCAACAAAAAUUUGGUCUUAACUCCCUGGAGAUCAGAAGGUGCUCUCCUGAUGAUGCUGGCGAGUAUAAAGUGGUAGCCAGGAGUCCCCUGGGUGAAGCUAUGACUUUUGGGACGCUCGUGGUGAACUCAUAUCAAGGAGCCGUGGCUGGUUCAGAGCACUCGCAGACCCCCGCCUUGACGCUCGAGCCAGAAGCCCAGUUUGGCAUAGCAUUCCCUCCAACAUGGGUGAAGGAGGGUAACAGCCUCACUCUGCAGUGCACCUUCACCUCAGCUCUGCUGCCCUUCCAGCAGGACGUCAGCUGGUUCAGAGAUGGCAUUCAGCUGCAUCAGUCGAGCAACGUGGAGAUCACGACAGUUGACAGCAAGACCUCCAUCACUUUAAAGGCUGCACAUAAGGAGCAUGAAGGUGUCUAUACUGUCCGCCUAAGGACCUGGGAUGACUUCCAGGAGCACAGUGCUUUUGUCUACGUUCAAGAUGCAUCAGCUGCAGUGUCGGGAGGCCCCGCUUCUCCACUGGACGUCCAGGUAUCUGACGUCAACAAGGACUACGUCUUUCUCACCUGGCAGCCACCCAGUGCUGAUGGAGCUUCACAUGUGCUGGGUUAUUAUGUGGAAAAAUGUGACGUCAGUCAGGGUGAGUGGGUGCGCUGCAAUGUUCAUACUCAGAAAAUGUGCCACUACCCGGUGUUUGGCCUUAAGGAAGGAACUCUGUACCAGUUCAGGGUUCGUGCUGUUAACCAGGCUGGAGCAAGUCGCCCCUCCAAGGCUACUGAACCCGUCCUGACUGCAGACCCCCUAGAACACACCAGGACCACAGUGGUCAACGUCGACAUAGGAUGGACGAUCACCAUUACAAAAGAUGAACUUGAAGGUCACGUCAAAGCUCCUUUCCCUCCCACAGACGUCCACGCCUGCGAGGUGAGCGACACCUACGUGGUGCUCAGCUGGACCGAGCCUGAACCCAGAGGCAGGGAGCCGCUCACCUUCUACGUGGAGCGGUCCCUGGCAGGGAACAGUAGCUGGGAGUUGGCCAGUCUGGACAUGGUGGUGAACUCUCCCAGAUUCCCAGUGUUUGACCUGGUCAAGGGCAAGCAGUACUGCUUCAGGGUGCGCUCCAUCAACAAGUACGGUGUCAGCGAUCCCUCUGAGCCGAGUGAACCGAUCUCCUUGGGCAAGCCACAAGCUGUGCCGGCUUCGCCUCACUCCGUCAUGGCCAUCAGCGACACAGACACGUCUGUGCUGCUCCAGUGGAAGGAGCCCAAAGACAAAGACGACAUCCUGGGCUACUAUCUGUACUACAAUGAGACGGGUAAACAAGACUGGAACACUGUCAACAACAAGCCUUUUACCAAAACCAGAUUCAUAGUCCACGGCCUCAAAACUCAAGGGGAAUAUGUGUUCAGAGUGAAAUCUGUGAGCCGAGCAGGAAACAGCAGCUAUUCAGAUCAGUCUCAAGCCAUCCUCGUCAAAUCAGCCAUUCAUGUUCCUUCUGCUCCCUCUGCCAUCGCCAUGCUGCUGUGCACCGGAUCAGAGAUGGUGCUGGGCUGGAAGGCCCCUGCCCGUAAUGGUGGAGCCCAUGUGCGUGGAUACUACCUGGACCAGAGGGAGAAGGGCAUGAAAACAUGGAGAGAGGUCAAUGUCAAGCCUGCCAAAGAGAGGCAGUUUAAGGUUUGCAACCUGUCUGCCGGACAUUUCUACCAGUUCAGAGUGUACGCUGCCAACAUGGCUGGCGUCGGGAAGCCCUCUGAGGCCAGCGAAGCUUUCCUGUGUGAGAAAUGGACGAUGCCCGAGCCAGGUUGUCCUUAUGACCUGGAGCUUAGGGAGGUGAGGAAAAGCUCCCUCGUGCUGCUCUGGGCGGCUCCAUUGUAUGAAGGAAGCAGCCCUGUCACUGGUUAUUUCCUGGAAAUCAGUGAGGGCGACCAGUCAGACGACUGGACUGCUUUGAAUGAGAAGCCAGUCUCUGACACACAUUACAAGGUGUCAGGUCUUCAGGCAGGUCAGACCUACCGUCUCCGUGUGUCGGCUGUCAAUGAGGCUGGAGUGGGUUGCGCUUCCCUGCCAACUGAGCCAGUCACGGCUCAGACCCAACCAGGCACCAAAAACGUUGAGAUCGGAGUGGACAAUGAUGGUUUCAUAUUUCUGAGUUACCAGGCUGAUAAGAUGAACGACACGAGCGAGUUCCUCUGGAGCAAAAACUACACAGAGGCCAUUGAUGCCGGAAGAGCUCAGGCAGAAACCAAGAAGAACGGGUCAGUCCUCACAUUCAAAGACGCCUCUGAAGAGGAUCUGGGUCUCUACACGGUGAAGAUGAGCGACAACUCGACCCUGUCAUCCAGCUACGACUUCACUGCUGAAGACCUUGAACGACUCAAAGAACUCAGCUGGCAAGUCAGAAAUCCACUGAUAGCUCUGAAGUCCGGCUGGCAGGUGGAGGUUUCUGAGAAAGGUGGGGUUCGUCUUUGGCUUGAGACGGAGAGUCUGAGUGACGCUGCUGAACUCCGCCUCAUCUUUAACGACAGAGAAAUCUCCAGUACUCCAAUGUCUUGUAGCUCUACAGAGCUUAUCUUGGUGUUUAUGACCAGUCACUAUGAAUCCAAAACAGCUGUUAGUGUUUUAAUGAACAUCCUGGAGGCAGGCGGGAAGCUGAGGCUGUGGAGAAAAGAUGAAGAGCAGGUGUGCGAGGAAGCGGAAAGGUCGAGUGAGCUGAGGGAGGAGAAGGAGCACACAUCUGCUAAUGUGCACUGUAAUGCUUGUUUGCAGCACCGUAAGAUCAACUUCGACAAGGCCAAAGGUCUGGUGGAGAUACUGUUUGAGCAGCUCUCUCGGGAGGACGAGGGCUCAUACACGGCUCAGCUGCGGGACGGCCGCGCCAAAAACCAGUUCACUUUGGUCUUUGUGGAUCAAAAGUUUCGUCAGACGUUGGCCCUGGCUAAUGAAAAACUACGUGACAUCAAGAGAAAGGCUGGACCUUAUUUCCAGGACUUCUUAUCAUGGAGUGUGAAUGAGGACUGUGAGCUCAUUAUGAAGUGUAAGGUGACAAAUACAAAGAAGGACACGUCUCUCAAGUGGUUUAAAGAAGGCGUGGCGGUGAGCCAAGUUGUGUACGAGCAGUCGUCAGGGGUCAGCACGCUCACCAUCCCACAGGUUACGAAGAAAGAGGCAGGUUCGUACAGAGCUGUGGUGUCAGAUGGGAGAGGAGAGGAUGUCAGCACCUUGGAGCUGCUGGAUGACGAGUAUGACAAGCUUCUCCAGCAGCUGAGUAAACAGUGCGCAAUGUCAGCCAGCCCGCUGAGGAUUCAGAGCACCGCUGAAGGUUUCAAGCUCUACUGCUCAUUCAAAUACUAUAUAAACUACCUGAAGACCAGCUGGUACUUCAAGGAGAAGAGGAUUGACCAGGGAACCAGGAUAAAGCCUGGCAGCAGUAUGCAGAAAGUCUGGAUUGAGAUCGUUAACCCGACAGAGAAUGAUAAAGGCAAAUACAUCUUGGAGAUGUUUGACGGCACCGAGACACACAAACGGUAUCUUGACCUUUCUGGACAAGCCUUUGCUGAUGCCUUGCUGGACUACCAGAGGUUGAAGCAAGCGGCCGUCGCUGAGAAAAAUCGAGCCAAAGUGACAAAGGGUCUUCCUGAUGUGGUAGCCAUCAUGGAGGGAAAGUCUUUGUGUCUGACAUGCUACAUCGACGGUGACCCAGCACCACAGAUCUUCUGGCUCAGGAACGACAAGGAGCUUAUUGACCCGAACCUUUAUACCGUCACCAAUGAACAAAAGUGCAGCACCAUCGACAUCCACAAGGUCAGGCUGGAAGAUUCUGGGAAAUACAGCAUCCUUGUGCGCAAUAAGUUUGGCUCAGAGGCGGCUUGUGUGACCGUGAGCGUUUACAGGCACGGGGAGAAGCCUCCAGCAAACGCUGUGGAGAUGGGUUAAGACUGCAGACUGAGUCAGAAAUUCAUGUUCUGCUUCCGAUACAACCAAAAAAAAGUUGGCACGGUGUGUGAAAUGUAAACAGAAACAAAAUAUGAUGAUGGAAAACAGUGAAACUCCAUAUUUAAUUUUAAAAAUCACAAAAACAACUUAAAUAGCAUGUUGAAACUUUAUUGUUUUUGGAAAAUUACAUGACUAUUUUGGACCAUUAAAGUCCGUGUGUAGCCAAAUUCUGAGAUUUCUUUCAAAGAAAUUUAAAUAUGUCGGAAAAUAGCUGCUGAAAACAUGUGAAA